GUGACGUCAACGCGUUGGCGGCGUCCCUCCCGAUUAAUUAACCGAGUUAAUACCGACGACCGGAUGGUUGGCCGGCAGCUGAGGGGCGGGCAGGCCGGCUGCUGAGCGGGCUCCGCCGGCCACCGGGCCGGCCGGCUCCCUCCCGAAGGGCAGCUCGGAGAAGAAAGGCUGAGGAGAAGGCGAUGAAUCCACUGUGGGGAGGAACCUAAGAUAUAGGCCUGAAGGUAGAUCAACCUGCAGCGGGAUUAACAUUUUUUGAAACCAUUUCACUUUUCACCACUGACCAUGGCCAGCAAAAGGAAGUCUAAAAUUCCUUGCAUGGUCCCUGCAAAUGAAACUCUGGAUCAGAACCAAGAUCUGGAUAUGAUUACAGAUGUUGAUGAUGAUCUUCCUCCAGACACUUCUGAUGAGAGUAUGGCAGCAGAUGGUGCUGUAGUUGAUGAUGAUAAUAUUGCAGAAAAGGAAGUACAAGAUAACCAAAUCAAGAAACUAGAAGGAGGCUAUGAGUGUAAAUAUUGCACUUUUGAAACACAAGACUUAAAUGAAUUUACAGUGCACGUUGACUCAAAGCACCCAAAUGUUAUUCUCAAUCCAUCCUAUUUCUGUAUGGAAUGUAAUUUUAUGACCAAAAGGUAUGAUACUCUUAAUGACCACAAUGCUAGAUAUCAUUCGGGUGAAAUAAAUUUUAAGCUUAAAAUGGUGAAACACAACAAUCAAACUGUCUUUGAACAGACUGUUGAAGAAUGCAAUAGUAAUGGGGUUCCUACAAAUGAAGAUCAGUCCGAAAACAUUGACACCACUCCGACAGGGAUAUCAAUAAGUAAAACACCAAUCAUGAAGAUAAAAAAUAAAAAUGAGACCAAAAGAAUCUCUCUGUCUCCAAGUUUUGUGGAUGAAUUCACAGCUAGACAAGAAAACAACGAUGAGACAAUGGGCACCAACUCGGUCUUGGGAUCUACUAGUACCAGUGGAAUUUGUAUUAACCAAGAAGGAAAUGGUGUUAUAAUUGAUUCAGUAGGUAUUAGCCAAUUGAUACAGUCUCCAAAUUCUAAUUGUAUUCCAAAAGUUAUGAUUCCAUUAAACAGCAUUCCAACUUAUAACACUAAUAUGGAUGUAAAUACUCACCUAGUGAACUCAUUCAACAAAUUUCCCUAUCCUACGCAGUCAGAAGUUGUAACGUUAAAAACUCAGACAAAAUAUACAGAGGAACAGAUUAAAAUCUGGUUCACUGCUCAACGGCUCAAGCAUGGCAUCAGCUGGACCCCAGAGGAGGUGGAAGAUGCCAAAAAGAGACAAUUUAAUGGCACUGUGCACACUAUACCGCAAACAAUUACAGUCAUACCUGCACAGAUUUCAACAUCUGCUAAUGGAUUGCAGCAGAUCCUCCAACCUUGUCAGAUAGUUGGUCAGCCAGGUAUUGUCUUGGCACAGGUUACCAGUAAAAACGUGGUCACUGGGAAUUCUCCGGUCACUGUCACCGUUGCAGGAGUUACAAAUCAAAUGCAGUGGCAAAAGCGCAGAAUGCAGGAGGGUGAGACAGGGCCUGAAGUAAAACGGCUAAACAACUCUCAGCUUCCUCAAUUUGCUUCACAAGGAGGUUCCCUUAAUUCUGUCUCGAGUACAGAUCCAUACAUCGUCCGCCUCAAAAAGACAAAAGAGCAACUGAAUGAACUAAAAGCCAGCUUCAAUAGGAAUGCAUUUCCCAGUGAUGCAGAAAUUGCUAGAAUCAUACAAAUAUCAGGCCUCACAAGAGGUGACAUAAAGAAGUGGUUCAGUGAUACACGGUACAACCAUAGAAAUUCAAAAUGUAAUCAAAAUGUCAAUAUUGCUGAAGUCAGCAGCACCAUAAUUUUGGAUUCUGGAGAUGACAUGAUUUCUGAAUCGCUUGCAGUAAAUCAGCAACGUAAACAUGGGUGGCAUGCUUUCCCAGAUUUUACUCCUCAGAAGUUCAAAGAGAAAAGCGCAGAACAGCUUCAGAUUCUCCAAGAAAGUUUUCAUUUUAGUCCAUUUCCCACUGAUGAUGAGAUUAACAAGCUAAGGACUGAAACAAAACUCACUAGAAGAGAGAUUGACGUCUGGUUUUGUGAGAGGAGGAAAAUUAAAAAUUCAGAAGAUAAAAAUGAUGAGAGCGGAAAAUUGAUAGACGGCGAAGUUGAUGUCAAACAUAAGGACUCUGAUGCAGGGAGCACAAAAUCACAAUAUGGGCAAAUUCAUACCACAUCUUUGGCCAGUGGCUUAGCAAUUCCAAGAGUAAUGGCAACUGCAGUUAGCAGACUAUAUAAGAAAACUCCAGAGCAGCUACAUCUGCUUAAAAGCGCAUUUGUUCGCACGCACUGGCCAUCCCCAGAGGUAUAUGACCAAUUAGCUCUAGACACUGGGCUGGCCAGAACUGAUAUUGUAAGUUGGUUCGGAGAUACCAGGUAUGCUUGGAAAAAUGGCAACUUGAAAUGGUACUAUUAUUAUCAAAGUGGUAACAUGGACACUCAAAAUGGGCAAACCCAGGUUUCCUCCAGAAGGACUAAAGGUCGAGGUAGAUUGAGAGGCAGACCACGAGGAAGAGGAAGAGCAAGGGGGAAUGGAAGGUCUCGCAACUGGAGCGGAAUGACGUCAAGCAAAGUAUCUACGGAACUCGCUUCAGGGAGAAAUUUUCUUGAACCAUAUUACUUGAAACACAAAUAUUUAAAUGAAGAAGAUCUUGAUGAUCUUGUGGCAAAAUCAGGCAUGAGUUAUGAAAAUAUCAGGGAAUGGUUUGUACAAAGGCAAACGGAAGUUGUUGUUUCGGAGAGCAACAAUUCAAAUGGACAGUACCCUGGUGAAGAUGAGAAAAACGAGCCACUUGACGAGGAUGAUGAUUGGGCUGGUGAAGAGAAUGAAGAUGAUGCUUCUGAAGGAAGUGGCAGCAGUGAUGUGUGGAAGCCUCCAUCGCAAAAAGAAAAUGAAGUAACUGAACCAGAUGAUGAACACUAGGUAGAGAAUUCUAACAUAAAAAUGAACAGCAAAUAAGUAAAAGUCUUCAGUGGAGCCUUUGGAUAAAGAACCAAUAUGGAGAAUCAUCAAUUCUCGUUUUCUUCUGUGAGCUGCAAGAUUACUUCCAUAAAGAAAUAUCCAUACACCACACAUUUUAUUUCUGAGUAAAAUAUAGGCUUUUUUUUAAACAUUUCCACAUUGCCAAAGUUUUAAUACAACUGAAAAUAACUUUUGUAUAUAGCUAUUGUUAAGGGUCAAAUUUGUACAGUUUGGGAUUUUAUUACAUUUUUACUGAAGUUUAAUUUUGGAGAUAUCUUUGAGCACAAUUUUUUUUUUUUUUUUAGAUUUUAGCAAGCUCUUAACAUCAACUGUGCAGUUUGGUUCAGUCUGAUGUAAUAGUUUGCCCUCGCCUGAUUCUGCAGUUGGAGUAAAAUAUGAGCUAUCUGAUCGCAUUAGAUUAAAAUACUGGUAAUCACUUAUCAGUAAAGAAAUGUAAACGCUUAUAUUUGUGACAUAAUUAUGCAUGGUGUUUUUUGUACAUGUGCUGGAAAAACACCUCCUCAAUCUCCUCAAUUCUAUGCUUUAGUCUUUAGUAGCUACUUGAAAUGACAUUUAUUGUAGGUGUAGAUAAAGCCAGCAGAGUUGUUUCCCUCUACUUAUUUUCAUCAGAAGCCAUAUUCCAAUUGCUAGUAUUUUUUGGUAACUUCUGCAAGUCAUUUUGUAUGCUGAAAUUAGAAAAAUGUUGCUUCUAUAUAUACAGUACUACAUUUAUAUAAUAUAUAGUAUUUAAAUAUUAUAUGCGUUAAGGGGGUUGCAAGCUGUGGUUUGAAAAACAAAAAACAGUUCUAAUUUUUCCACACUAUUUAUUGUACUUCUAUGUGUACUGUGAGAAUAAACAUUGAAGAGAUUAUUUUACUUUUAGUAGUUAGCAAUUCACUACUGUAGCUAUCUAGUUAGUAUGUUUUGCUUGUUCAAGAAUUGACCAUUCAUGCUCAUCCCUUUCAGUACUUAUUGUUUAGAUUAUUUUCUGAAAAUUAAAAAAAAAAAUCUACGAAGCACUAAUGGUGAGGUAAACCAGUCAAAUUUAGUUUUAGAUACCUAUUUCUAUAGAAAAUGUUGAUCUCUAUACAAAUUUCAAUCAUGACUACAGUCAUGGCUGGUGAAUGCGCAAUUUUAUUAUGCAAAACGUAUUUGCACGGUUAUUAUACAAGUACUGUAUACUAGAUUCUUCAAAGUUUCAUCAUUAUUAGAUUGUAACUUUGGCUGUCUAACCUCUACUGGCACAUGCAAGUCAUGAUAAUAUUUGGGCCUGCACUAGCAAUUCUCAAAAAUAGUUAAACUUUUUAUUUUCCUUCACAGUUUUAAUAUUCAUCUGGAUCAUGAUGAAAUUUGAAGUGUAAAUUUAUAAUAAUAUGGACAUUGGGCUUGGUCAGAUCUUCAGGUUUAAAAAAGUAUACCAAUGGUAAUUUGGCAAAAGCUUUUGUUGCACAUUACUAUGCAAUUUGUUGUUGUUCCAAACACAUUUGGGAAAUACUAGCUAGUGGGAUCUAAUACUUGUUCUGGCUUGCUGGUGCUGCAGGUUUUAGUUUGCACGGAGAACUAGUCAUCGUAAAAAUAUAGCAUCGUGUUUUAAAAAUGUUAAUAAUUAUCACUGCAGUAAUGAAUGAUGAGAAAAUAACCAGCCCAUGCAUUUUUCUAAAUGGAACUCGAAAUAGUGCUCAUUGUAUCCUCUCCAUUUUUUUAGACCCCUCCUCAAGAAGAAUUGUGUAGAAAAUAAAAUGAAGAAGUUUUGAAGUGUCAGAGUUCAUAUUUAAUCAAAAUUGUAGAGGCCUUAAUACAUCACAUGUUGAUUUUUUUUUCCCCCAAGAUACCUUGUUAUCGAAUCAUAAUUUUAUUGUUACGUAACCCAGUGACUUGAGUCUUUUUGGCUACGGCAUUAGUUACAGGCCUUGCAGAACUGUUCUUGCCAUUUACAAAUAGUCCUCUCUCCCAACUCAAAAGUCCAAUAAAUCUUCACAGUACCCUCAUACUUGCCCUUAUUUUGGGUUUGCGCUGCAAUCUUGUUUGUUCAGCCAUCGCCCCUGUAGGUUCUGUAACAUGUGUGCAAAACAUGCUCAAAGAGAAGUUUAAUGUCUUUUAAGAAUAUCUGUGACUAUCCAAUAUAAUCAGCCAGCACAUAUACCAUUCUGAGCAGUUUCAAGGUAACAGCACAUUAUAAAGAUUUGUGGAGAUUUUGUAAAGGCUUAUUGUUAUUUUUUGAAAUAUUUUAUCUGCUUUUUUGCCAUGGAUUUUUUAAAAACAGAUCUGUUUAGUUCUUUUUUGCAGAUCUGUCUUGAAAGUUGAGUUUGUAGAUCUGAUGUCAUUUUCCAUUGACUACAAUACAAUGAUUGUAAUAUGUGAAUAUAAUGUUUCAAAAUAAAUCUCGAUGCUGUGA